AGGGGCAACCAUUUGAGCAAGAGAGAGAGAAAAAAAAGGGGGACAGAAGAAGAACAUUUCGGGGACCAGCUGGUGCGAGGAGAGAAAACCUGCUACUUGUGCAUUAACCUGCCUCGCUCUGCCCCCGGCCCUGACUGACUGAGCUCCAGAUGACGACGAUGGGACAGGAAAAAAACAAAAACAGUCAAGCAGAGGACACGACAUCCUGCCAGCAUCAGCAGCAAACGAUGCAGGCUGCCCAAUCGUCAGCUGACGUGCAGCCAAUGAGCUGCCAGGAGGCUCCUCCCCAGCACAACCACUCAGAUGCAGAGACAAGCACUCGCCCCGGUGAAAAAAAUCUCUUAUUAAUGAAUGGAGCAGCUCGCAGGCUGGAUCACUGCACGUCUCCGCACUCUCCUCUUCUGCUGCUCUCUGCUCCGACUCACUCAGGACCAAAACAUCAACACUGACUACAAAUAAAUCAGCAACUGAAGAAGAGUUUAGGCGGCAGCCAUGAAGCGACGACAAAGAAACAGAGACUUGCAUGAUGAGGACAUGGCCGCAGCGAUUAAAAACAAGGAUCCCCAUCCUGAAAUCCAACCACCGGACUCACCUUCUCCAUCAUCUUCUUCUCCUCCUCUUCCUCCUUUAGCCAUGCCACCUUCCACGUCCGCCUCCGCUCUCCUGGCGCUGGCCUCCCCAGCCACCCGGCGCUCCAUUUCCAUGGGAGACUUCAGGAGGGUGACAGGGGCUCUGCUAGCGGGCUCCGAUCCGCCCUCCACCUCGGCCACGGCCCCCUCCUCCAAGCUGGUCACCCCGAGCUCCAGCAUGGAGUUCGAGGCGGCCCGCCGGCGCCUCCUGGAGGUGGAGGAGCGUCAACGCGUCAUCAGGGAGAUGGAGCGGCGGCUCGAGGAGCUCAGGGAGGUGUUCGUGCGCUCAGAGGAGGAGGUGGUGGUUCACGGGGAGCUGGUGUCGCGGAUUACCACCGCCGCCCAGCAGGGGGAGCUGUACGUGGCGGAGAACGGGCAGCGUCUGAAGAAAGGCCUCAAGUUCAAGAAGCAUCGACCCACCAUCGUGUUCUCCUCCAUGCUGGGACUCCGCACGUGCCUCCCCUGGCCUGUGAAGCUCAAAUAGGACAAAGAAGAACUCUUUUUAAACCUUUGCUAAAAAAAAAAUACGCUUUGAAUUAACUGGAAGAUAGACUUCCAUUCUUAAGCUAUCACCACACAGCUGCUCUAAAGUGUCCACCUGUCUGCUCUUGUAUCCUGAGGCUGGUCCUCCAGGUCUUUAGAGUGCCUACAAUUAUCACAAAUGCUAGUAAGGAGCUUCCUGUUCUGUGCAUUUCUGAGGAAAUUCUUGCUAGAGAAUCAAUCAAUUAAGCUAGUAACCAGUGCAAUGUGUACAGGAUGUCAUUAUGUCUUCAUUACCUUCAGAGCUACUUUUGCUGCUUGCAGUUUGAUGCUGGACUUGCACGGAAGAGAUUGUUUGUCGAUACAGAAUCGGUUGGUGCUCUGAUGAGUCAUUUUUCAGGUGAUGCGGGAGGAGAGGCUGCACACCUUCUAACUUACGCAGCAAAUGAUCAAAAAAAAAAGCUAACGAGGAUUAUGUAAAAAACAAACUUCCAAGAAGGAGACGUGUAGGUGUAAAAA